AUGUUAGGGGCUUUCAGACCUAGUUCUGUCUCUAUGGGAGGGUUGUUAUGGAAAUCACCAUUCAGAUUAUCUCCCACUAGAAAAACAAACCAUAGACAAAGACUAAAAGCCGUGGAUUCCGUCAUUUCUGCUGUGGAAGAAAGUGGGGUUCAAACUCGUUCACUUGUGAAAGCUUUAGAAUUACCAAAAGAAGGGGAGAUGAAUCCUAGAGAUAAAUACACAACAUUCACUAAACAUGUAAGAGGGUAUCGUAAAUCAGUCCAUAAGGUACCUAAAUGGACAAGGUUGACUUUACGAGAGAAUCCCACAGGAUUCUGA